AUGGCGGGAACAGUAGCUGUGAGAUCAACAAACUCUUCAACACUGAACAACGAGUGGGAGAUUUGCUUCGCACGCUUCAUCCCUUUCCCUCAUUCUACCACUUCUUCGUCUUACUCAUCCGAUCUUCAUCCUCUCCCUCAUCGCCUCCGUAACCGUCCUCCUCGCGGCACCUGGAUCACCUCCUCCACUUCCGCCUUCCUCAGAUUCUCCCUCGAUCUCUCCUUAUCGGACGUCAUCCUCACCGUCUUCUUCAACGGCAAACUCUUCGAAGAGCACUACGUUUCGAAGCUGAAUUUCUCUUGGCCUCAAGUAUCGUGCGAUCCUGGAUUUCCUGCAAGGGGAAUUAGAACCGUGCUGGUUAAUUACAAAGACUACCGAGGCGAGAUUCAAAAGUUUGCAAUGCAGUUUCCAUCGAUCUAUGAAACACAAUCAUUCAUCUGUGCUUUGAAGGAGAUCCUAAAAGAUGGCAAGGGCCCGGAACCUUUAAAUAUUGACUUUGGUUCGGAAAUUUCGUCUCAGUCAGAAUUUAUGUCAACAAACAAACAAUCCUACAGAGCUUCUGAGGAACUGAGUUUUGUGACUCCGGCUGACACUUACAUUCCACAACUGCCAAUAUGUAUGAAUAAUGAAAGGGAGCAACCUUCAGGAGUCCAAAAAAAGGAAAUAGCUUCUGUUCACAACAUUGAAAGCAUCCUUCCAGCCUUGCCACCCAGUUUUGCCACAUUCUUGAUGGAUUGCUCUGGGAUAAACCAUGCUCAGCCAACUACUACCCAGGAGAAUGAUCUCAAGUCCCAAAUUGCGAGAUAUAUGGAAGAUUCUUCCUUCCAAGAUAUGUUGAUAAAGGUAGAGAAAGUUAUUGGAGAAAUCGGGGGUGAUAUGUCACUCUAG